GCAUGAUAUUCGGACUUCAGUCAUAUGGCCCAAACAAGUACGACACUACGUGGAAGGAGAAUAUGCUGAUUCCAUGUCUGGCAAGCUAAAAUUAUUGGCGGCGUUAUGCGGGAGUUCUGGACAACCACCCAGCAAAAGGAUGAAAAUUGUCGGUUACUGGCGAAAAAACGCUUCUACGACACAGUGAUUCCAGUCUCUUCUAUAGCGGAUGGCCUAGGUCAGAUGCUGGAUCACUACGCUCACACAGAUCCUACAAUAAGUGGACCGGAUCUCUUACGGUUGUUAGGGGUUGGAUUUAGAAACGGCAUAUAUCGGUUGAGUGGACCUUUCGGACGACGACUGGAAGGAGUGAUGAGUGGUGGCAAGCUACGUCUAUGGCGCUUUGUGGUGUUAUACGAUCUGAUGUCCAAACUCAACAGGAAAUCAAGACCAAUUUCUUUCAUUCUUGAAAAGACAAGUUAUGUUGCGUCCCUGUAUGAUGGUGGAAGAUGUCAUUUUGAGGAUGGCUUUGCAACACUUUUAUAUCGUACAGUAUCUGCUGUUGUCGUGUACCGCUACCCCGAUCUUUAGAACGUGAAAUAAAGAUGAAAACAUUCACACCCUCAUCAAAGACACA